AUGGCUAUCCUAAGCAGCAAAGACAAGGAAGGCGGCUCAACUACUGGCGUCCUAGACCCAGUGGGCUUGAAGCCUGACCCGCACCAUGACGUGCAGGAGGGUAUGAUGGCUGAUAAUGCCGACAAUCUCCAACGUCAUUUAGACAAUCGUCAAAUUCAACUGAUCGCCAUCGGCGGAGCUGUCGGUACAGCUCUUUUCGUGAGCAUCGGCACGGGUCUAUACCACGGUGGCCCGGGCUCGCUCUUCUUGGCCUUCACAACCCAAUGUAUUUUCCUCGCAAUGGUCAACAACUGCCUCGCUGAAAUGAGUACUGCCUAUCCCGUCAGCGGUGGCUUUAUUCGUCUCGCUGGUAAAUGGGUCGACGAGGCCCUUGGUUUUAUGGUUGGCUGGAACUUCUUUUUCUAUGAGGCUCUUCUGAUCCCCUUCGAGAUAUCCGCUUUCACCCUUGUCUUGUCCUUCUGGAGUGACAAAGUGAGUGAGCCUGGCCCGGUCGCAGGAAUUGUUGCGGGAAUCAUUAUCUGCUAUGGUUCUUUGAACAUGCUAGCUGUGAAAGCCUACGGAGAAGCAGAGUUCUGGCUUUCGGGCGGCAAAGUAAUCCUCAUCUUCUCGCUGUUCUUCUUCACCUUCAUCACGAUGGUGGGAGGAAACCCGGAUCAUGACGCCUACGGUUUCCGAUACUGGAACAAUCCGGGCUCCUUCAUGGAGUACUUGAGCACCGGCAGCCUGGGCCGAUUUGAGGGCUACCUUGGCUCAUUGUGGUCUGCUUGUUUCGCCGUAGUCGGACCAGAGUAUAUCUCCAUGGUCGCAGCUGAGGCUAAGCGCCCCCGCAUCUAUAUCAAGAAUGCAUUCAAGACGGUUUACAUCCGAUUCGGUCUGUUCUUUAUGGGCGGUGCUCUGGCUGUCGGAAUCGUUUGCUCUGCCCGUGACCCCGCUCUGGUUGCUGUGGCUUCUGGUGCUAAGUCCGAUUCUUCCGCGUCCGCGUCGCCUUAUGUUAUCGGUAUGACCAACAUGGGUAUUAAGAUCUUCCCUUCGAUCGUGAACGCUCUGCUAUUGACUUCCAUCUUCUCCGCCGGAAACACGUACUUCUAUUGCGCCAUCCGUACCCUGUACAGUCUGGCGCUAGAAGGCCGCGCGCCGCGCAUUCUUACCCACACCACUAGCAAGGGUGUGCCAAUCUACUGCUUCGGCGUGGUUAUGAUCUUCCCCCUACUCUCUUUCCUCCAGGUUUCGAACAGCUCAUCCAUCGUCAUCACCUGGUUUGCUAACUUGGUCACCGCCGGUGGCCUUAUUAACUACAUCACAAUUUGCAUCACUUAUAUCUUCUUCCACCGCGCCUGCAAAGCGCAAAACCUUGACCGCCGUCAGUUCUCCUACUAUGCCUGGCUGCAGCCUGGAUGCGCAUACAUCGGACUUGUCUGGAUGGUGAUCGUCACUAUUCUUUACGGAUACCCAUCCUACAAGCCAUGGAACGUUCAGACUUUCUGGUCCGACUACACUAUGCAAAUUGUCAUCCCACCGCUCUUCGUCAUCUGGAAACUUAUCAAGAAGACGAAGUUCAUCAAAGCCCACGAGUGUGAUCUUGUGUGGGAACGACCCCUCAUCGAUGCCUACGAAGCCAGUUUCGUUGACCCACCUGUUGGAUUCUGGAGAGAGUGCCUCCAACUGGUCGGCAUUGGACGUAUUAAGGGAGGAAAUGAUAAGCGUCGUUACUCGACUGCUGCGCCGAAUGGUGUCUCGUCUAGUGUGGAUGUUUAA